GUGUAGAAGCAUCCUGGCUGAGCCGAAGGUUAGAAGCAUCUGACAGACUGAAUCUCAUAAUAAGCUGAGGAACUGAAGAAAUUGCUUUGCAAGUUUAACUUCUAUCUAAUUUUUGUGUAAUGAUCACCGCCCAAAAGCUUUAAUAAUGCCGAUAAUUAAUACUCUCGGACCACUGGAGAUGUACAUUGAUAAGCAGGAAGGAGUUUCUCUGCGGGCUGACAAUGGAAACUACUGGAGUUGCAUAGGGAGAAGUGGCUCAAUGUACAUUGAAGCUGCAAAAGCAAACAAAGAUGACUGGUGUAAGUUUCAUGUAACCAAAACCCCAGAUGGGAAGGUCCUUCUGAGAGACCAGAGAGGAAUGUAUCUGAGUAGAUACCAUGAAAGCGGCAUUAAUUACAUUAAGCCAGUGAAGUCUUCCCCAGAUGAGUUCUGUAAAUUUAGUGUCUUUACAGAUGACAAUAAGAUCCUUCUUAAGGCUGAAAAUGGAUUGUAUUUGAGUAGAUACCAUAGAGGUAAAGAUAAUAUCGAGGCAGCAAAAGAAGGGCCCGAUGAGUUUUGUAGAUUUACAGUGAGCAUCGGUGAUGUUGUUGAGCCAACAUUUAAAAUCCUCAGUGUUGAAGUCAAAGACUUCAAGGCAGACCAAAUAAAAACUCCCAGCGCUGUAGCAGAACAAAGCUACACUAACAAUACCAGUGCUGCUCAAUCGCACACCUUCAAGCUGUCUUGGCAGGACAGAACCAGUGAGACGACCACCUGGACUCAUUCUUGGGGCUUCAGUAUGUCGAUGUCUUGUGAAUUAAAAAUUGUAGACUUCAGUGCUACAGUUUCUUAUAAUGGAUCAUAUGAGAAAUCCUCCACUUUUGAGAAGACAGUAACAAUUGCCGAAGAGACCACUAUUAACGUCCCGCCGAAGAAAAAGGUGAUUGGUAGAUUAGUCGUUACCAAAGAUGACAAUGCUGUGGUACCAUUUACAGCUAAAAUUAAGAAAACCGAUCACAAUGGAGUUGAAACAAUCCUGACUGAAGAAGGAACCUGGAAAGGAAUUUUAUACCAAAAUGUGAAUAUUGUUGCGACAGAAGAACCAGUUUAG